AUGUCAUUAUUAAUCGUAGGAAUUGUAAUAGGAACAGUUUAUGCUGUUGAUCCUGAUGCUGAUAAAGUAGUGUUUCCAGGGUGGGGAGUAUAUAAUUUUAGCUCUUAUUCAGGAUAUCUUCCAAUUGGAGCAGGAUUAAGGUUUGAUUAAUAAUGAUUUAGAUAAUUGCACUAUGUUUUUCUUGAAAGUCAAAGUAAUCCCUCUACUGAUCCUGUUGUAUUAUGGUUGAAUGGUGGUCCAGGAUGUUCUUCGUUACUUGGAUUGAAUGAAGAAAUUGGCCCAUUUGUAAUGGUUGAUGAAGAUAGGAAAUUCAAAAAGAAUCCUUACCCAUGGAAUUCUAGGGCCAAUAUUUUAUUCUUAGAAUCACCUGCAGGAGUUGGAUUUUCAAUUAAUAAGGAUACUUCAUAUGAAUAUAAUGAUGAAAAUUCUGGUGAAGACAACUACUAAGCUAUAUUGGCUUGGUUUUAAGCAUUCAAAUAAUUUUAAAGAAAUAAAUUCUUUAUUGCAGGAGAAUCAUAUGCAGGUACUCAAAAUUAAAUAAUAUAUAGGAAUGUACAUUCCCUAUACUUCUAAAGCUAUUGUGAAUGGAAAUAAAUAAGCAUCAUUAAAAAUACCUUUGGAGGGUAUCUUAAUUGGAAAUGGUUUAUUGGUAUCAAAUCAAUAAAAGAGAUGGGCAGCCUUAUAAGAAUAUUUCCUUAGAAGAAAUUUCAUGCCACCCACUGCUACAAACACUAUAAGAAAUAUUUGCAGUGUGAAACCAGAUUCAAUUAAAUGUUUAUUGGCUUAAUCUUAAUUUGAGGAAGUAUGCUUAGGAUCCAACAUUAAUAUUUAUAAUGUUUAUGGAUAUUGUAAAGAUGAUACAACACCUGACUUUUUAAAACCUAAAACUAAAUCAGGCAAAAAUAUCAGAUACCCAUAUGUAUCCUGGUAUGAAGGAAACAAUUAUUAAAAAGUAGGAAAUAGUGGGGCUCCUUGCUCUGAUUUCGGACCCAUUACAGAAUACUAUAAUGAUGCUGAAGUCUAAGAAGCAUUACAUAUCUUAGAAAGACCUUAUUUUUGGUCUGCUUGUGAUAUGGAAAUUAAUUAAGCAUACUCUAUUAGUAAAAAUGGAAGUUAUGAAAUACUUCCAUUUUUAAGUUAAUCAGGUGUCAGGAUAUUAAUAUAUUCUGGUGAUUAGGAUGCUAUUGUUAGUGUUGUAGAUACUGAAUAAUCAAUUAAUAUGAUACCAGGUAUCUAAGAAUAAGUUUCAUGGACUCCAUGGGGCAAUACUGAUUUAGAUUUAGCAGGUUGGGUCACCAAAUAUAAUUACUUGAAGUUUGUAGUUGUAAGAGGAGCUGGACAUGUAAAUUAUUAGUAUUUAUUGAUAUUAGAUGGUCCCUGAAGAUCAAAGAUAAAAUGGCUUUGAAAUGUUUGAUCAUUUCAUUAAUAAUAAUGAACUCCCAAAAUACCAUUUGAAUUGA